GGUGGAAGUCAAGAAAAAGAUCUAAUGGCAAUUCUGAUGGAUCUCAAAGCUGUGCCAACACUUCGAGGUGCUCGCAAAAAACAGUCAUAUCUCUCAGAAUGUUUCGGUAACGGGCUGCCCAAAGAGGAGAACGAUGAAGAUCUAAGAAAAGAACGCUGCCGUGAGAAAUUUGACAUGCUCUCUUUCUUUCUCAGCAGGGUUCGCACAUUUGAGAAAUGGGAUCUGGAGACCCAGUCGCGGAGAGAUGGUGAGCCUCUCUUGGUGGAAUUGCGAGAGGCGAAGAUUGAUGCCUUACGUGCAGACCUUGCGCGUAUCCAAGCGGAAUGCGAACUGGCCUUCCCAAACCAGAGAGUCAGCUCGUUAAGCCAUGAAGACAUCGACAGUAGCAUGUUUCACAUCAUGACAGCCAAAGCACUGUGCCUCUGCUCUACAAUCAUGCUACAUCGAGCCAUUGAUUCAACAGUCCGAACAGACCCGGAAGCCCAAUCUGCAGCUCGCAACUUGAUUCGUAUCGCUCGGCUUUUCCGAAAAGCAAAACGCCUCGAGACACCCUGCUCUGUCAUCUGGCCUCUUCCGAUAUUCAUUGCUGGAAUUGAGAUAGCCGAUGAGAUAUACCAAGAUUGGACUGUUGAGUAUAUGCGGGAACUCGGACAUUGGGGAGCUCAUGUUGUCAAAGGGAGAGAAUUGAUGGAGCAGACGUUACGGUGGCAGGAGAAACAUGGGCGCAGGGCUAGUAUCACGGAUUAUCUUGUGCAAUAUUAA